AACCCGAUUAAUUUCUGUCCUUCUUCAGUACAAACCUUACCGAUAAUAAAAAUAAUAAAAAUACAAAACAAAGCAGAAAUAAGAUUAUCACCCAAUCAAAAAAGACCUGACUAAAUAUUCUACUACACAGCCUACAGUUUAAAGAGAGCAGCUGCUAAUUCACUGCAGAUUUCUCAAGAUUAAGUUCGUUUGGGGCCUGGGUAGCUCAGUGGUAAAAGAUGCUGGCUACCACCUUUGUGUCAUAUCCUCGUCAGCCUCUGCUCCUCCAAACUCCUCUUACUCCCCUGAUUAUUAGUUACUUCCACCUGCUCCCCAUCAAACAAUCAACCAGAACAGUAUAAAGUCUCACCACUUUCCCUCAGUCAUUGUCUAGUCUCGUUUGGACCUACUACUAGUGUGUACAACUCUCUCUUGAAUCCUAGUUUUCGUGAGUAAUUUACCAGUUAGUCUUCGGUCUGCCUAGUUACUUUAUAUCCUGAUUUAAUCUGUGGUUUUCCCUGUUUUCUCUCUGUUUACUCCUGAGUUUGUAAUAAACUGCAUCUGGGUUCAACUCCUUGUCUCGGCUUCGUAACAGAAGACUAGACCACUAAACAUGAACCCAGCAGGAACGGCGUCAGCCAUGGAGCAUUUUCUUGAGCAUGAGCAACAACUAAUCCAACACGAAGAGGCGCUUCAUGAUAUGCAACGUCGACUAGAGAAGCUAUCACUUACCCCAACUGCUGCAGCAUGUCCUUCUGCCCCAGACUUCGCUUCUACUCUGGCAGCGCCAGUCUCUGACUCUCCUCCUCCGUUCGUUCUGUUUCCUGGAAACUUCUGCCCUCUGGCUCCACCUAAGAGUUUCUCUGGCAAUGCGGAGAUGUGCAGCGGCUUCCUUCACUGUUCACUGGCUUUUGAGUUACAACUCCAACACUUCUCCACAGAUUGCUCCAAGAUAAUGUACAUUAUAUUCACCUCUCUGGGAAGGCACUACAAUGGGGAAAUGCCAUCUGGAAUCAGGGAGGUCCCGUGAUGCAGUCCAUCAAUGCAUUCACAACCCAUUUCCGUGAGGUUUUUGAGUCCACUACUGGAACCUCCUUUGCCAGUGAACAAUUAAGCCGUUUCCAUCAAGGCAAGCUAUCGGUCGCUGAAUACGCCCUGCGCUUCCGCUCGAUGGCAUCCACCAGUCAUUGGAAUGAGCCAGCGCUGAUUACUCAUUAACGACAGGGUCUAAACAAGUCCCUUCAAAUGCACCUAGCUGGUGUGGAUGACUCCCGAGGAUUGGAAUUCCUCAUUCAAUUCUCGCUUUGUGUGGAUCGUCGACUAAAACAGAGCUCGACUGACCGCGACUAUUCAGCCCUGCCACUUCCCAAGACCAAGUCUGAGGAGGAGGAGCCAAUGCAACUAGGCACAACCCACCUGACACCGGCUGAGCAUAGGAGGUGGAAUAUCAACAACCUCUGCCUCUAUCGUGGAGCUGCCUAUCAUCACAUAUCCUCCUGUCCUAUUCAUCCUCCCAGACUGCUGGUAAGCUCUGUUUCCUGUGAGCCUGUAUGUGGGAAACCCUUUUGUAUAGACAUCACGGUUUCAACUUCCACUUCCUCAAUUCUUGUACAUGCCCUUCUAGACUCCGGGUCGGCAGGCAACUUCAUUGCCCCCUCACUAGUCAAACAACUCAACCUCCAGACAGAACCUGUAACUAAGCACUUAUCCAUCCACUCUGUCGUUGGCAAACCUAUUGGCUCAGACUUAAUCACUCACCAAACUAUGCCACUCACCAUCCAAGUAGGAAUCCCUAUCCGUUUUCCAGUCUUACAUGAAUGAGAUCUUCCGUGACAUGCUCCACCAUUUUGUCCUGGUUUAUAUUGAUGAUAUACUCAUCUAUUCUACCUCUCUAAGUGAACACAUCCACUAUGUAAGACUGGUGCUUCAAUGUCUACAGGAGCACAAUUUGUACCUGAAGGCCGAAAAAUGCCUCUUCCACCAGUCUUCCAUUCAAUUUCUGGGUUACAUCAUCAGUUCCAGCGGAGUUCAGAUGGACACGUCCAAGGUGCAGGCCGUAACUACCUGGCCCCAACCUACAACCGUUAAGGAGUUACAGAGGUUCCUUGGUUUUGCCAACUUUUACCGGAGAUUUAUCCGGAACUUCAACACUGUGGUCGCCCCUCUCACCAGUCUUCUAAGAGGUAAACCCAAAACUCUCUCUUGGUCCCCACAAGCCACUAAAGCCUUCCAGCUGUUAAAGACUUCCUUUACUAUAGCGCUCAUUCUCAGACAUCCAAACCCAGACCUUCCCUUUGUCGUCGAGGUAGACGCUUCAAUCUCAGGGGUGGGGGCCAUACUCUCCCAGCGUCAAGGUAACCCUCCCAAACUGUUCCCUUGCGCCUUCUAUUCCAAGAAACUUUCUCCAGCCGAGACAAACUAUGAUGUUGGGAACCGAGAACUACUGGCCAUUAAACUGGCGCUCGAGGAAUGGCGCCAUUGGCUGGAGGCGCUUAGCACCCUUUUACUGUUAUAACCGACCACCGUAACCUUGAAUAUCUUCAAUCCGCUAAACGCCUAAACCCACGCCAAGCAAGAUGGGUACUGUUCUUCACACGUUUUCACUUUACAGUUACCUAUCACCCUGGUUCCAAACAUAUUAAAGCCGACGCCCUUUCCUGGUUGCACUCCUCUGACUAGUCCACAUCAUCACCAGAACCCAUACUACCUCCUUCACUCUUUGUCAACCCUCUACAGUGGGACAUGGACCAACAAAUCACCCAGGCAGCUUCCUCGGAACCAGUACAAGCAGCCUGUCCACCCGGGUUAACCUACGUUCCCUCUGCACAGCACUCCUUAAGUGGCUCCACUCUUCUCCUGGAUCUGGACACCUUGGAAUCUCCCAUACUCUUAACCUACUCAGAAACAAGUACUGGUGGCCUCAUCUAGUCUGGGACGUUACCAAUUUUGUCCGCUCCUGCUCUGACUGUGCCAUGGCUAAGGCACCUCGACAUCUCCCGGUGUGUAAGCUCGUACCUCUCCCCAUUCCACACUGUCAUUGGUCCCACAUUGGUGUAAACUUUGUUACUGACCUUCCUCCUUCCCAAGGGUUUACUUAUAUCCUUGUGGCAGUAGACCGGUUUUCUAAAUCUUGCCGGCUGGUGCCCC